GUCUUUCCAUCAAAGAUACUUGCAGAGACUUAAAAAAAACCCUAAUUUUCUCUCUAUCCUCACUUUCUAAGAAACCCUUCAUUUCCUUCCUCUCUCUCUAAAAAGAAGCAUAAACCAGUGCUACAAUGGCGGUGGAUGUGGCUUCUCAUGCUCAGAACAAGCUUCGAUGGGGAGAGCUUGAUGAAGAUGAUGCAGAGGACCUCGAUUUCCUUCUCCCUCCUCGUCAAGUUGAAGGCCCGGAUGAGCAUGGCGUGAAAAGGGUGACUGAAUUCAAGUUCGAUGACGCUGGAAACAAGGUUAAAAUCGUGACCACUUCGAGAACUAGAAAGCUUGCUAAAGCUCGUCUAUCAAAGAGGGCGAUAGAGAGAAGGCAGUGGAAGAAGUUUGGGGACGCUGCUCAUGAGGACGCGGGUAGCAGGCUCACUAUGGUCUCCACCGAGGAGAUCUUGUUAGAGAAGCCCAGAGCUCCAGGUAGCAAAGCUGAAGAACCCAAGACUGCUGGCGACCCCCUAGCCGCCCUGGGCAAGGGUGGUGCCGUCCUUAUGGUGUGUCGUACUUGUGGCAAGAAGGGCGAUCACUGGACGUCAAAGUGCCCUUACAAAGACCUCGCCUCAUCCACUGAGUCCUUUAUCGACAGGCCCUCCGCAGCUGAAGGGCCCGCUGGCCCUGCCCAAGAUGGGCCCACCAAGGGCACUUAUGUCCCACCAAGCAUGAGAGGUGGUGCGGGUGGGAAGACCGGAACUGAAAUGAGGAGGAGAAAUGAAGAGAAUUCAGUAAGAGUCACUAACCUUUCUGAGGACACAAGAGAGCCCGACUUGCUGGAGCUUUUCCGAACCUUUGGCUCGGUGAGUAGAGUCUAUGUGGCUGUGGACCAAAAGACAGGCAUGAGCCGUGGGUUUGGGUUUGUGAACUUUGUCAAUAAGGAGGAUGCAGAGAGGGCAAUCAACAAGCUCAAUGGCUACGGGUAUGAUAACCUCAUUCUCCGCGUUGAGUGGGCGACCCCAAGGGCGAAUUAGAGGGGUCAACAUCGAUGGACUGGACGGUGAUGGAAGGGGAUAAGACCUCCAGAUUAGUGACUUGUUUUGUGGGACCAGCAUCCCCCAUCACUAUUCAACUCAUUGGUGAGAUGGUGAUGACCCCUAACCACACUGUUAACAUGAUUAUAUGGAUCACAAUACCAAGUUUUGGAGAUUCGAACAUCUA